AUGGCUUCACAAUCCAGAGCCGGUGCAGCUGCCGCUGCCACUGCUCAGGGGUCCAGUCAGCCUGCUCCCGCGGACACCGCUGCACAGACUUCGGCGUCCGCUGAGACCGGUGCACCAACUGCCACUCAACCUUCCACCACUUCCGAAACGAGCUCUUCGCCUGCGCCUGCUCCUACCACAUCCACUCCAACUGAACCGACUACUGAACCGACUACUGAACCGACCACCACUAGUACCACCAAGAGCAGCACUAGUAGCACGCAGAAAACCGAGCCUACAUCGAUCUCCGAGUCUACGUCCACUCCGUCUACUUCCACUUCGUCCACAUCCACUUCUUCCACUACAAGUGCUCCAACUACUGCAGCCCCGGAAACAACGACGUUCUCAUCGACGUCCAGUAACAGUCAAGGAACCACCGUGGUUAUCGUCACCUCCAUUCAAACACCGCCAUCUAACACGGGUGCCGCCUCUAUCAGCGCAACCGAUUCAGCCGCGCUCUCAACCUCCACCGAAGCUGCAGCCUCCUCUGGUGGUCUUUCUCCUAGCGGCACAAUCGCUGUUGCCGUCGUUGUCCCAGUUGCCUCGGUGGCAUUGAUCAUCUUGGCACUGCUCUUCUUCUGGCGUAAGCGCAAGGCCAAGAAGGCCGCCGAGGAGGAGCGCCGUAAGGAAGUGGAGGAAUAUGGAUUUAAUCCAAACAAUGACCCAACCCUUCCAGGCAUGGGAGGCGUUGUGAUUCCCAAGGACAAUGAAUCCUCCGGCUACCGCGGCUGGGGAACCACCUCUGCCGGGCGCAAGGCCUCCACCAACCUCUCUAGUGGAAUGGGUGGCCUAGCCAUGUCGGAAGGAAGCGGCCCCGGCUAUCACCACGGCGCAACACCCAGCGAGGGUACCGUUCAAUAUUCCGAUGGUACUCGGCCCGACUCGGGCGAGAUUGUUGAACCCAUUGGCGUGCUGGGUGCGGCCCCAGUGGCCGCAAAUAAUCGCAACGGCGACAUCCACCGUGGCCCCUCCAACGCAUCCUCCGCUUACUCCGCGGCCAACCGUUCGGAGGCGUCGGAGGAAAGUCACAUGUCCGCCGUUCACCCCUCGGGUGGCUACUAUGGUGAGAAUCCGUACUACGGCGACAUUAACACCCACGGCGCAUACGGCGGCGAAGAUUACCAGCCUGUGAUCCGCGAUGUCCAGGCGCGCCGCAACACCCGCAUUGAGAAUCCCGGCGUUUAUCCACGACAGGGGAAUGCCGGUAUCGCACAGAACUUCUAA